GAGUUCGCAACUGCACGAUGUGUCAAUAACGUGACGCUUCCCGAAAGUUCCUCCAAUCAGCGAAGAGCAGGGGCGGAGUCAUGCGCAUUCACGCGCCUUAUACCUGGACGAGCGGCGGCUGGGACACUGCGCGCGCCGCGACGAAAGAUGAGCAGAUGUGGCAGCGCAAGAGGGGGAAUCCAGCGCUCGCUUAUGCCAGUGUACGGGUUCGGGACGAAAAACGAGUAAGAUGCCGUCUGGAUUGCUUUUACUCGGUCUAGCAACUUAAAUAGUACGGAUGUAGUGCGUGAGCGACUUGAAGGCGUAAUUUUUACAUACUUACCAGCUUAAGUGAGAAAGGACAAAGUGGAUGGAGACACGGGGUGACGGGACGGUCCGAAGAGCACCGCUGAGCACGGUUCGCUUCGGAUGAGGUGUCAUAUGGCGUGACGGACGCAAGCAGCACCUCGGUUUUCUGCAGGAAGAGCUCUUUUCCGAAACUUUUCGCCUCAGAAGCACGACGCGACCAGCUGCGGCAGUAAAGGCGAAGCGCUGGCUGCAACAUGAGAAGCGCUCGCGCGUCCGCCUGGGCACUCUGCUGGAGCUCGUGCUGCGUCCUCGCCGUGGGCGCCCUUCACCACGCGCUCGACGCUUCCAACCAGGCGCCGCACGCGAGCUUCGUCCACCGCCGGCUGCGCACGUCCGAGAAGAAGGAGAUGCAAAGGGAGAUCCUGUCCAUCCUGGGGCUGCCGCACCGGCCCCGACCGCACGUGUCCCAGGGCAGACACAAUUCGGCGCCGCUCUUCAUGCUGGACCUGUACAACUCCGUGGCGCAGCAGGAGCCGCGGCAGGUGCGCGGCGGAGCCGCGGGCCAGCAGCGCGCGCCCAGGCAAGGCGCGCGUGAGCCGCCGCCGCUGGCCACGGCGCAGGACAGCGCCUUGCUGAACGAUGCCGACAUGGUGAUGAGCUUCGUCAAUUUGGAGGAGUCUGAAAGGGUGCUCUCCCCACAACGACAACACCACAAGGAGCUCAAGUUCAACUUGUCCCAGAUCCCAGACGGAGAGGCUGUUACCGCUUCUGAAUUUCGCCUCUAUAAGGAGUGUGUUAGUGCGGCCUUCAGGAACGAGACCUUCCUCCUCUCUGUCUACCAAGUGGUGAUGGAACAUCCAGACAGGGAUGCAGACCUUUUCCUUCUGGAUCAGCAGAAGCUGUGGGCAACAGAGGAGGGCUGGCUGGAGUUUGACAUCACAGCCACCAGCAACUUAUGGGUGAUGAGUCCCCAGCACAACCUGGGCCUUCAGAUCAGUAUGCAGACGAGCAGUGGGCAGCGCAUUAGCCCUGAGGAAGCCGGCCUAGUGGGACAAGGUGGGGCUUUUGAGAAGCAGCCAUUUCUGGUGGUCUUCUUCAAGGUGAGCGAAGCACACAUCCGCUCUACCCGUUCUGCAAACAAGCGGAGACAGCAGAGUCGCAACCGCUCUACCCAGCCACAGGAGAUGCCCAAGGCUCCCAGCUUGACAGACUACAACAGCAGUGAUCAGAAGAUGGCCUGCAGGAAGCAUGAGCUGUAUGUGAGCUUCCGUGAGCUUGGGUGGCAGGACUGGAUCAUCGCGCCAGAGGGCUACGCUGCCAACUACUGUGAUGGAGAGUGCUCCUUCCCACUCAAUGCACACAUGAAUGCCACCAACCAUGCCAUCGUGCAGACCCUGGUACAUCUCAUGAACCCAGAGAAUGUCCCCAAGCCCUGCUGUGCCCCCACCAAACUGCAUGCCAUCUCUGUCCUCUACUUUGAUGACAACUCCAACGUGAUCUUGAAGAAGUACAAGAACAUGGUGGUACGCGCGUGUGGCUGCCACUGAUGCCUGGGCACCGCAGUGCUCCGCAGGUGAAAUGUGGUUCUUGCAGGACACCUGGGGGUGUGGCCUUCGGCCAACUCUCCCUUCACCACAGUGACUGAGGAAACAGCGGACUGUGGAAGAGCACAGAAACAUGCUGCUUUUUAAACUGUCCUCUGUGGACGAGACCAAGCUAUGGCGCCGUCUCGUUGUUCUGAGCAAUAGCCGUGCCAACCUUGUUUUUAAAAACAAGCUGAGAUCGUGGUCUGAAUUCAGCAUUAACUCUCAAAACAAAUUGGAACCACACAGUGCUGUAGGGGAAAUGUAGUCAGAUAUCACUGAAAAUACAUAUAAAGUGUUGAAAAAAGCAUUAACCCAACUACUUUCCUUCUUAUAUUUGACUAACCAAAGAUUGAUCUUAACAUGGAAAUCUGCUGGACUAAAUUAAACAGUGUAUCACUGCAAAGUGCAGUAGGUAUACUACAAAGUGCUAAGAGCUUGCAAUCUGUGUGUUCUGAGUUGCAGAGGAGUUCAUUAUCAACAAUAUCGCAGAAUUAAAAUGAGACAGAAAUGGCUACACAAGUGUGUAAGUAUAAAGUGUUCAAACUGCCAUUUUAGAACCAUACUGUAUUAUUAGAGUGGCAAACUGUUUCAGGUUGGAACAAAUAUUUUCCGACAUACUUAAGCAUUCCAUGCAAAUGUGUUUUUAUAGGAAAAAUGAAAUGCCCAUUUUACCUAAACUAUUAGCAAUUUGACUUAAUACCUCCAUAAGCUGCUGUUUAUUUUUUGAAUCAUGUUAAGAAUUCAACAUGUAAAUACUUGUACAUUUUUCAUAUUAUUUAUUGCACAUAAUCACAUGCCAACUUAAAGAACAACACUAUUUUUUGGAAAAGAAAAUUUUAUUGAAUUUUUCAGAAAUCCAUGUUAACAGUUUUCUGUUAUUGUUGCCAUUUUUCUAGUACAAAAAAAAGAUCAUGGGCAGUGUGUACAACCCACUCAUAAAAAUACUGCUUUUCUUCACUGGAGUCUGUCUACACCAUGUGCUAUUCAUAAAUAUUUUACUGACAUUAAGUUGUUUCCUGUCCAUUUGUGUCCUUUAAUUGAGGGAGUGUAAACUGAAA